AUGGACUCCUACCCACGCCCUGACUUCCACCGCAAAUCCCCAACCUGGCUCACCCUCGACGGACCCUGGACCUUCACCUUUGACGAUGAAGACACAGGUCUAAAAUCACAAUGGCAGAAAUCCCCCUUAAAAACACCAACUACAACAAAAAUAACCGUCCCCUACGCCUUCCAAACUCCCGCAUCAGGAAUAGGACUCCACGAAGCCCACGAAGUCCUCUGGUAUGAGCGAGAGAUCAACGACAUCCGCACCCCUGCAGAGCUCAAAACCGGAAACAGACUUCUCAUCCGCUUCGGUGCUGUAGACUACGAAUGUACGAUCUGGGUUAAUGGAGCUUAUGUCUUCUCGCAUCGAGGAGGUCAUGUACCCUUUGACGUUGAUGUGACGGAUGCACUUUUGGAUUCGGAUUCGAAUUCAGGAGAGGGUGGGAAUCGACUCACGCUCCGUGUGAGAGAUUCACCGGGUGAUCUGGCUCAGCCACGAGGAAAACAGUUCUGGGGCCCUGUUCCAGAGAGUAUUUUUUACACGCCUACGAGUGGAAUUUGGCUUUCUGUUUGGAUGGAGAGUGUACCUCGUUUGAGACUUUUGGAUGGGAGUGGAGGGACCGUGCUGCGGAGUGAUGAUAUUGAGAAUGGAGAGUUGGCAGCUCAUGUUGCUAUUUCGGGACGAUUGGCGGGUGUUUCGGGGAAGGAAAAGUGUGCUGUUGAGGUUGUUGUUUCGCUUGCUGGCGUGGAGGUUAGUUCUACGCGGGCUGAUGUGCAUCCUCAUCGGAAUUGGGGGGAGUUGAAAGGAAACGUGAAGGUUUCUUCGAAGGAUAUCUCAUCUUUGAAGGGAAGAGAUGAGUUUAAGGAGGAGGGUGUUUGGUAUGGGGAUCAUGAUGGAAAGGGAUCAGUUGCAUUAUGGGCACCUGAGCAUCCUAUUCUCUACGAUUUGACCUUGAGACUUUACUCGGGUGAGAACCUCGUUGAUGAAAUCCUUACAACGACCGGAAUGCGUUCUUUAUCCUGGACAAAUGGCGAUGGGACAUUCAGAUUGAAUGGACGGCCUUAUUUCCAGAUGCUUUUCUUGGAUCAAGGCUAUUGGCCCGAGACAGGAUUAACGCCUCCAUCAUCCGAGGCAUUGAAGACUGAUAUCGAGAUGGCGAAGGCAUUGGGUUACAAUGGGUGCCGAAAACAUCAGAAGGUAGAGGAUAGUCGGUUCCAGUAUUGGGCCGAUAAGCUUGGAUGGCUUGUUUGGGGGGAGAUGGCGAAUGCGUACGAGUUUGGAGUUGAUUAUGUGGAGAGGAUGGAUGCUGAAUGGGCUGAUGCUGUACGGAGGGAUAUCAAUCAUCCUUGUAUUGUGACUUGGACGCCUGUUAAUGAGAGUUGGGCCUAUACGGAUUUAAAGGGGAGUAUUGAGCAGCGAAAUCAUAUUCGCUCGCUAUACUAUUUGACCAAAUCACUCGACCCAAGCAGACCCAUAAAUGACAACUGUGGCUGGGAACACGUCCACACAGACCUAACAACCUACCACGACUACACGGACUCUCCCGAACUAACCUCCACCUGCUCAAAAAUGGAAGGUGGGAUCCUUUCCCAAAAAGGUGGCCACGACAUGUUCACAAAACCCAUUUACUCCGGUUUCUCAGGCCACACGCUUCUAGAUCCUGGAGCAACACAUAAAGCUGGUGCACCGGUGAUAUGUACCGAGUUCGGUGGUGUUAACAUUGCACCUGUUAAAGGUGGAGAGGCCGGUGAGCGGGACUGGGGAUAUACCACUGCCGUUGAUGUGGAGGAUUUUCUCAUUCGAUAUGAGAAGUUGGUUAUGGGUGUUGUUAAAGGGGGACAUUCUUGUGGAUUGGUUUAUACGCAAUUAUGUGAUAUUGAGCAGGAGGUUAAUGGGCUUUAUUCUUAUGAUCGGAAGGAGAAGGUACCUGUUGCUCGUGUUAAGGCUAUUAUGGAUGCUGCAAAGGAUUACUAUUAUAACCACGUAGGCGUUCAGACUCAUGGGGCGAAAGGAUGGAAGAAACUUUUGGAGCAGGGGAAGCAGGUUCUUCAUCGGGCUUAA